GGGGAUGCGGAAAACUCUGUUUUUAUUUGUAGUCAAGGCUAAGAGUCAUCCUGUUUCUUAGAUCCGUCUGGGACAUUCUAAUGUCCACGCAUGCCCCGAUGAGGUUUGCGUGGUGUGGGCAGGACGAUCACUUCCUAGAAACUCAUUUAUUGCAUCGUUCAAGUCGAAGCGGGCCACUGAAGAACUGAGUCAGUCCAAUAUGGAAAUGAAUAUCACCGUUUGGGUAUUCACGAUCGCGUUUAUAGGACUAGCCGAUUCGGGGAGCAGGAACGGAGGAACGUCUCCUCCGAAGUCAACUAAAGCCGCUGGAAUCCCAACACAACAUGUUACACUUCAAAAUGUGUGGACAAGAAGGGAACCUUAUUAUGCCGUCCUAAGGAAUACCAUACUCAGUAAGCCGACAGGAACCCCAAGACUGCAUACCACAACCAUCCCGCCGGUCCGAUUUAGGCCGUUUACUGUAGCACCAAGUAUUAUCACGGAUAGUGGAUUACCGCCUUCAGCGUUCUCUUCAUCCGCAAGCACGAGAGCAACAGAAUUUGAAACCGCAUCAAGUACAGUUCCAACGCAAGGCUCCCUGGUAGCCUCAUCUGGAAAACCCCUCUUGCCAAGUACAAUAUCUCUUUCCAAGUCGCCAACGAAAACGUCCAGUCCACAGUACACUACCGGUAAAAUGCUCUCCAAACCACCAACAGAGAAAAAGUUUACCUUCACUUCCCAAGGGCUGCCAGCAUUUUCCACUUCAUCGGACGGCGUCAGGACCUUACCAAUAUCCUCACCGGUGGGUGGGAAUCCGCCAAAAGAGGCAAUACGGGUAGUGAGCAAUGGCAGUUCAUCGGGGGUGGUGAUUGGCGUUGCGAUUGGGUCGUUUGCAACUGGCUUCCUCACAGCGGCUUUGGUUAUCAAGCUCUACCUACGCAGCAGAUCAAAGACGUAUGGAAGAAAGGAUGGAUCACAGCUCUGCCAUGAUGGUGUGCAUAGUAGCAUUACUGAAACGCCAGUAGCCAUGACGGAGAGUGAGCUGUACGGGAACAGAGCGGCAGAGCCGGAGCAAAGCAACUGUGACGACGGUGUGUACACGUAUGUUGCUUACUAAGCACACGUAGAUAUUGCUGAAGACGUGCCACACGAAUCUUUACUUACACCAUACACUGGAGUGUCCUUUUCUACUUGUUGCAUACCUUCUACAAACACUGUUCUAUUUUCCUUGCGCUGUUGCAAUCACCUCGCUCUUCGACUUAAGACUUCAAAGUACAUUAGAGGAAAACUUUUAAGAAUUACAUGAUAUUGAAGAGCCUGAAGUUUGUCCUUUUCUCAGUUUUCGCGUUCUUGUUCACGAGGAAACUGUUGUUGCACGUACAUAAUUGUAAGAUAAU